GGCUGCCGUAGCCUGCGACAGUGAUGACGUAGCGGCCGGGGGAGGAGUCUCCUGUUAAUCCAAACAUCGACGACAACAGCCAAGCUAGCCGAGCAGCAGCAGCAGCAGCACAAACCCCAAAUCCCCUCCGAAAAUCCCCCCGCACCGCGUCGCCCUUCAGCAUGGCCGCGCAGAAAAUCAACGAGGCGCAUGAGCACAUCACCAAAGCGGAGAAAUGCCUGAAGACCAGCCUGACCAAGUGGAAGCCAGAUUACGACAGUGCUGCAUCAGAAUACGCCAAAGCAGCUGUGUGUUUCAAGAACGCCAAGCAGUUCGACCAGGCGAAAGAUGCCUACCUGAAGGAAGCGGAGUAUCACACAGAGAAUAAAGCGCUCUUCCACGCUGCCAAGGCGAUUGAACAAGCAGGCAUGAUGAUGAAGGAACAAAAGAAAAUGCCGGAGGCCAUCCAGUACAUUGAGAAAGCGUGCAUGAUGUACAUGGAGAACGGCACUCCUGACACUGCGGCCAUGGCUCUGGACAGGGCCGGAAAGCUGAUCGAACCCAUCAACCUGGACAAAGCUGUGGACUUGUACCAGAAGGCAGCCGGUGUGUUUGAGAAUGAGGACCGCCUGCGCCAGGCAGCUGAACUGCUGGGCAAAGCCUCCAGACUUCUGGUCAGGCUUAAAAGGCUCGAUGAGGCGGCGGUCGCUCUUCAGAAAGAGAAGAACAUGUACAAAGAGAUCGAGAACUUCCCUAUGUGCUUCAAGAAAACAACUGCCCAAGUGCUGAUUCAUCUUCACAGAGGGGACUACGUAGCGGCUGAUAAAUGUGUCAGAGAGAGUUACAGUCUGCCAGGCUACAGCGGAAGCGAAGACAGCGUUGCCAUGGAGACGCUGCUGCAGGGGUACGACGAGCAGGACGAGGACCAGGUCUACCGUGUGUGCAACUCACCUUUAUUGAAGUACAUGGACAAUGAUUACGCCAAGCUGGCCAUCUCCCUGAGGGUACCUGGAGGAGGAGGCAAGAAGAAGAAGGCUGCUGCAGCGCCACAAGGCGGCGCUAGUGGGACACCGGCGCCUGCCGAGGAGGAUGAUGAUUAUGAAGGAGGGUUGUGUUAGCCUUUUUUAUUCACCAGAGUGCUGACUCUACCCAGCUCCUGCUUCUCUGCACUCUCUCAGUGCACAAGUAGGUAAAAACCUUUACAUGACCAUUCAGCUCUGAAUGGCCUUUAUUUUAAAAAAGAAGCAAUCCCAAAAUCCUAUUACAGUAGGUGUUACAGUGCAGAGUCCACCACUGUCCACAUUAAAUAUAAGCUUGAACAGCCUUUUAAUUUGUGUACAGUUCUUAUGGUGGAUCCUCAGUGUGAUAAUGAAAAAAAUCAUCCUUCAAUGUUCAGAAACGUAUGAAAGUGGAUCAGAUGUAAAUGUUCUAUUAUUUAAUGUCUGUGUAAAAUUUGGCUGCUCUUGUUUGUGGGUACUCUUCAGAUUCUAACAUCGCUAUAGUUGUAUUGAAAUCAAAGAAAACUAGAAAUAUGUCUUAUAUGAGUUGAUUGAUGUAUAGAUGUUUAUUUGUACAGAAUUUAAUUUAUUCAGUAUUAUUUAUGCCUCUGGCUUGUUGAAGAUGUUACUGGAACUAUAUGCAAAUCAGGUCUUGUCUUUGUUGCUGCAUGUGUAUGAAUUAAUAAAAAAAAAAGUGUAAAUUAAUUUUAAAAAAGUAUAUUGAAAUCAAAAUCUAUGAAUUUGAAUAGCGAUGGUAAAUAAUAACCAUUGCCAUCAGUCUUGAGCACUUACUAAGUUAAUAAAGAAACAUGCUACACAAUGCAGUUCCUUAUAACAGCUUGUGGCCAGUUGUAGACUGUCUUGAUCUGUCUACCUCAAGGUGUCUGUUAUCAUGCAAAAUCUGUCAUCAUAUCCAGUUGCCACAAAUAUUGUAACACUCCUCAAGUUAGAGUGACCUAAACCAGAAAAAGAGGGACCAUGCGGUUAUGUUUUUUUUUUUUUUUUUUUAACCUUGAUUUCCAUGAUUUCUUUGAGUCAGUGUCAUUCCUUUUUAGUGCUAAGUCAACCGACUUAUUGCUCAAAUGUGGGAUCACUACUACAGCAACUUAUGACAAUGUCACUUGGUUUACUUUUUUGUGAUUUUUUUUUUAUUAUCAUUAUUUGUGCUGUUGUCUACUUGUAUAUUCCUUGGAAGCAUAGUCCCUAGAUUUUGCACAUAUCAAUAAAUAUUUCCUCUGUGCUCCA